GGAUUCUGGGUAAGGCACAGGAACAAUUACCAGUUGAGGGACGUAAAGAGGGGAUCUGGUUCGUUUCAAUAUUCAGAUCGAGUUCCCAUUGAUCGACCGCUGUUCGUAAACACCUCGAUGAGCGCUCAGAACAGAAUCGACCUAUACCGACGUCUUGAUGAUCCUCCACAGGACAGUGAACCCGCUCUGCUGUUUCGGCUCCCAUAA